AUGGCCUACCUCGGACGCCCAUCCGCCGGCGACUCGCCUUUUGCCAUUGGAGACCGUGCCAUGCGCGACAACUCUGCACCGCAACCACCCAGCCAAAAGAAUCCCAUCCCCCGAGGCGAGUUCAUGGCAACACCGAGCCCGUACGGAAGCGCCAGCGACGAGGCACGCCGCCGCUACGAGGAGCGCUACGCAAAGAAGCGUGCAGAGGACGAGGCCAAGGCUGCGCAGCAGGCAGAGGAAGAGCAUCGCGCCGCCAACCCCGCUCCCCCGGCCCAACAGCAGUGGGCAGCACAGCAGCAGCAGCAGCCUCCUAGGCAACAGCAGCCAAUGCAGCGCCCACCCCCCAACGCCGCCCCAGGCUACGGCCAGCCCCCUCCCCAGCAGCAGCAGUAUCAGCAACACCCCCAGCAGUACCAGCAGCCUCCUCCCCAAGGCCACCCCCAACAGCAUCCCCAACAGCACCCCCAGCAGCAGUACGCGCGCCCGCCUCCAAGGCAGGCGAGUGUAGGCCAGGAUGGUCGCUCGCCCGUCGACUCGCGUGCCCCCGUUCAAGGAUUCCAGCAGCCACCUCAGCAGGGUGGACAUCCUCAGCAGCAGCAACAGCAGCAAGGCCACCCCCAGCAGUACGCUCAGCCUCCUCCCCGCACGUACUCGCAAGGUGCUCCUCCUCAAGGCUACCAGUCGCCCCCUCCCCAGCAGUACCAGCAGGGACCCCCCGGUGUUGACCCGCGCCAGGUAGACCCCCGCCAGCAGCAGCGAUACUCGGGCCAGCAAGCCCCUCAGGGCGGCGCGCCUCCUCAGCAGCGCGGCUACCAGUCCCCCAGCCCUGCGCAGCACCCUCAACAGCACCCCCAGCAGCAGCAGGCUCCUCCUCCUCAGCAGCAGCAGCAACAGGCUCCUCCUCCCCAGCAGCAGCAGCAGCAAGGCGGAUACCAGUCGCCCCCUCCUCCUGCUCCCCGUGCAGAGGACCACGAGCUCCGUGCCAUGUUCAACCAGUUUGACCAGUCGCGCACGGGCCAGCUCAAUUCGUGGGACCUCCAGCGCCUCCUCGACAAGGACGCGACGGUGGAGGCUCGCGAGGACUGUGUCAAGAUGCUCAUGAACAUCUUUGACUCUGACCGCUCUGGCUCGAUCAACUUUUUGGAGUUUGAGGGCCUGUACCGCUACAUCCAGGACUGGCACGACAUUUUCCGCCGGUUCGACCAGGACAACUCGGGCCUGAUUGACCGGCGCGAGCUGCACGCCGCGCUCGAGGGGUUCGGGUUCAACCUGCCUGCCGAGAUGGUGCGCAAGCUCGAGAAGCGGUUUGCGCCCCCGCCCAAGGCCGGCGAGGAGCGCGGACUGGGUAUCUCGUUUGACCGUUUCCUCAUGGCCUGCGUCUCGGUCAAGCACUAUACCGAGGCGUUCCGCCGGUUCGACCCCAACAACACGGGUCGCGCCACUAUGGAUUACAACACCUACAUGGACAUCGUCAUGGAUGCCCCGAGCUAG